CUCGCUUUCAAGCUCACACUUCCUGCAUCUGUAUCUUUCUUUGAGCACAGACAGUACUACUCAUACGACAGCUCACAAUGGCAGGGGACAAGCCAUGGCCAGAGGUGCCAAUUGGCAACCAGAAUCAUGCGAACGCCGCAGUUGUCAUCAUUGGUGGAGGCAUCUCCGGCAUGUGUGUCGCCAUCGACUUGAUCAAGCGAAACAACUGCCGGAACUUCAUUCUGGUCGAAAAGAGUGCGGGAAUUGGUGGAACAUGGCUCGACAACAAAUAUCCAGGAUGCUGCUGCGACGUCUGGUCCACCCUAUAUUCAUAUAGCUUCGCAAAGAACCCUGACUGGACACGCGAGUAUCCUGGUCAAGAGGAGAUCUUACAAUACCUUAUGAAGGUCGCUCAAGAGUUCCAGCUUUACCCACACUUCCGAUUCAAUACGAGCGUCGAAGGCGCGAAAUGGGAUGACGAGCAGAAGAAAUGGAUUGUGAGCGUCAAGACGGCGCCAGGUUCGAAAGAGGCAGAAUUCAACCCAGCAUAUGAUAUCAAGGCGGACUUCGUGGUAUCUGGUGUCGGACAAUUAAAUCAGCCCAAGUGGCCUGAGAUUUCUGGUAUCGACGAGUGGGAUGGAAAGAAGAUGCACUCUGCUCGAUGGGACUGGUCUUACGACCUCGAGGGCAAGAAGAUCGCCAUGAUUGGCAAUGGCUGUACCAGCGUCCAGAUCUUGCCCGAGAUUGCCAAAGUAGCGAAGCACGUCACUGUCUUCCAGAGAACACCAAACUGGGUCGUGCCUCGCCUCGAUGCCCCAGUGUCGCCUGUGAUGCGAUCGGUCUUACGAUAUGUACCCGGCGCGAUGUCACGGAAGAGAGCAGCCCAGAUGGAUUUCCGUGAGAGCACACAUGGUUUCAUCUCACAAAAGGACGAAGCGCUCGGCCAGGCGUUCACGGAUGCGCACAAGCAGAUGCUGGAGUCACAGCUGGCUAAUCGUCCAGAGCUGUGGGACAAGCUCACGCCGAAGUACAAGCUUGGAUGCAAGCGAAUCAUCAUCUCAGACGACUACUUCCCUGCCAUUGCCCGUGACAACGUCAGCUUGGAAACCCGCUCAAUCGACAGCAUCCAAGGCAGCCAAGUAAAAGUCAAGAACGAAAACGGCGAAAUCGUCGACAGCCUCGAAGGCGGCUACGACCUCCUCGUCUGCGCCACAGGUUUCAAAACCACCCAAUUCCUCCACCCCAUCGAAUUCACCGGCCUCAACGGCCGCACACUAUCCGAUGUCUGGAAAGACGGCGCUCAAGCCCUCUACGGCAUGACAGUCGAAGACAUCCCCAACUUCGGAAUGCUCUACGGCCCCAACACGAACUUGGGACACAACUCCAUCAUCCUCAUGAUCGAAGCCCAAAGUCGCUACAUCAACGGCUUAAUCAAACCCGUCCUCGAAGCGCGCAAGAACGGUAAAGCUUUAGCUUUGACGCCCAAGAAACAAGCUCUGAAAGAAUUCAACGAGACUAUCCAGCAUGAAUUGCAGAAUUCUGCGUUCAAUGAUCCGAAUUGUAACUCGUGGUAUAAGAAUGAAAAAGGUCUGAUUACGAAUAAUUGGAGUAGGACUGUUGUGGAGUAUCAGCAGAUGGUGGAAGACGUUAAUUAUGAACGCGAUUUUGAGGCUCAUGGGAGCGGGAAAGAGUUUGUGCAGAGGAAGAAGAAAUUGCAUGUUGGGAGGGUGAAGGAGGAGACUUUGGUUUCGGAUAGGACCUUGUUGGUCAUGGGUGCUGUGAGCUCGGCUGCGCUUGUGGGUGGUUGGGUGCUGAGGAAUUCGAAGUAUUUGCAGGGUUUGAGGGCGAGGUAG